GUUAAACCCUGUGUGAAUAGAGGUGGAAGUCGGGAGUACCAUACAAACGUAAACCCCUCCACCCUUAUCCUCUCGCUCUCUGCAACACUCUUAUCCCGUUUCUCCCCGCCUCUCUCACCAUGGCUUCCUCUUCGCUCCGUGUCCCCUCCUUAUGCCGGACCAACCCCUCUGUUGAGAAUUGCAGAAAGCCCUCUUCAUCUGCUCCCGUAUCCCUCCAUUUCUCCGCCGCCCACAACCCAUUCAGGCUCUUUUCUUCCCGCCCUAACUCCAUCGUCGGCCCUUCCAUCUCAUUCGUUCCUUCGGCGGUCGCCACGCCCAACUCCUCCCUCUUGAGCGAGGAAGCCUUCGGACUCGGAAGGUUUGCGAAGGGCACCCUCGACGUCAGCGACACCGAGUACGAAUAUUCCGAGGGCGAAGCGGAGGGGAUUGAAGCUGUAGCUGAUGAUGAACUCGAAAUUUCCAAAUUGGGAUUGCCCCAGCGCUUCGUUGACACGCUCGUGAAGCGCGGGAUUAAUAGCCUCUUUCCCAUUCAGAGAGCUGUUUUAAUGCCAGCAUUUGAAGGCCGAGAUAUAAUUGCUCGUGCAAAGACCGGUACAGGAAAAACUUUGGCAUUUGGCAUUCCAAUAAUUAAAGGUUUGGAUGACUUGCAACAAGGAAAAGAUUCUUUAAGACGGGGGCGGCUUCCAAAGGUAUUGGUCCUUGCACCUACAAGGGAAUUGGCUAAACAAGUGGAAAAAGAAUUCAAGGAGUCUGCUCCAUAUUUGAAUACAGUUUGCAUCUAUGGAGGGGUAUCAUAUAAUGCACAAGAGUCUGCCCUUUCCCGUGGAAUUGAUGUUGUAGUUGGAACCCCCGGUAGAAUCAUUGACCUUAUAAAAAAUAACAGCCUGAAACUGGGAGAAGUUCAGUACUUGGUCCUUGAUGAAGCAGAUCAAAUGCUUGCUGUGGGAUUUGAAGAAGAUGUAGAGGUCAUUAUGGAAAAACUUCCAUCACAGAGGCAGAGCAUGCUUUUUUCAGCCACCAUGCCAAGCUGGGUAAAGAAAUUGGCUCGAAAAUUUAUGGACAAUCCACUUACCAUAGAUCUGGUUGGUGAUCAAGAGGAAAAGUUAGCAGAAGGGAUUAAGUUAUAUGCCAUAUCAACUACAGUGACAUCUAAGCGGACGAUUCUGAGCGAUCUUGUGACGGUUUAUGCUAGGGGUGGAAAAACAAUUGUUUUUACACAAACUAAACGAGAUGCAGAUGAAGUUUCUUUGGCUUUAACAAAUAGUAUUCCUUCAGAAGCGCUGCAUGGUGACAUUUCUCAACACCAGAGAGAAAGAACCCUAAAUGGUUUUAGACAGGGAAAAUUCACAGUGCUUGUCGCGACUGAUGUUGCCUCUCGGGGGCUUGAUAUACCCAAUGUUGACCUUAUUAUCCACUAUGAGCUUCCCAAUGACCCUGAAACAUUUGUGCAUCGAUCUGGACGGACAGGUCGUGCAGGAAAAGAAGGCACUGCCGUUUUGAUGUUCACUGGUAGUCAGCGCAGGACAGUCAAAUCCCUUGAGAGGGAUGUUGGGUGCAAGUUUGAAUUUAUCACUCCGCCCUCGGUUGAACAGGUUUUGGAAGCAUCUGCUGCGCAAGUUGUUUCCACCCUAGGUGGAGUUCAUCCUGAAUCUAUCCAGUACUUCACGCCAACUGCCCAAAAGCUGAUGGAGGAACAAGGGGUUGAGGCACUUGCUGCUGCUUUAGCAACUUUGAGUGGCUUCUCCCAGCCCCCAUCAUCUCGGUCUCUUAUUACACACGAGCAGGGUUUGAUUACAUUACAGCUUAUCCGUGACAGUAGUUCUUCUCGAGGUUACCUAAAUGCUAGAUCUGUUACUGGGUUUCUGUCUGAUGUUUAUUCUGCCGCUGCUGAUGAAAUUGGAAAAGUUCACCUUAUUGCUGAUGAAAAGGUUGUUGGAGCAGUUUUUGACCUCCCUGAAGAAAUUGCAAAAGAAUUACUAAAUAGGGAACUACCACCCGGAAACACUAUUACCAAAAUCACUAAGCUGCCUUCACUGCAAGACGAUGGGCCUCCAAGUGAUUUUUACGGGAGGUUUUCAAAUAAUGAAAGGCGCCCUCAAAGAGGCGGCUCAAGGGGUAGAGGUAGUAGAUCUUCUGGAGAUUGGUUGGGUGCUGAUGAUGAUUUUGAGGAUGGAUUCAGAAGUGGUGGUCGCGGCGGCGGCAAUAGGUGGUCCAAGCCCUCAAGAAGUAGUGGUAGCGAUUGGCUAAUUAGUGAUAGUAGGAGAUCAAGCCGGCCAUCGUUUGGGGGCAGAGAUUCAAGCCGAUCACCAUCAUUUGGGGGCAGAGAUUCAAGCCGAUCACCAUCAUUCGGGGGCAGAGAUUCGAACCGAUCAUCAUCGUAUGGGGGCAGAGAUUCAAGCCGAUCACCAUCAUUUGGUGGCAGGGACAGAAGCUUCGGGGGUGCGUGCUUCAACUGUGGGCAAGCUGGUCAUAGAGCAUCAGAUUGCCCUACCAAGAAAGAGUACUAACUCCUCUUGUAGUUGGCAAGUGGAAAGUUGCGUUGCUGAAGAGCCAUCAUUUUGGGUGGAAGCUGGAAACGACUUUGCAGAGGAAUUGGGAAGCACCAAACUCGUCUUGGACUUGCAUCUCCUAACCUCUGCUCUUUACUCACUUGGAAUCUCAUUAUAUAUUAUCCGUUUCUCACAGCUUUGGGUGAUACGUUAAUAGGAAUUAUGUAUCUUCUUAGAAAAUGCAUAUACGAAUCUUCAUUUAAUCACGUUGGUGUCGGAUGGCGACAUAUUCAGGCUUUGUAUUCAGACGGUUUCUACUACUUGUGAGCUUACUCUGAUUGGGGCUUUUCUUUUCUUCA